AUGGCGACUGAUAUCAGCGCCUUUUGGACAGUCGACUGCUUCCAUCGGCGAUAUCCGUACGCAUCUGUUGCCAUAUCUCUUCAUCCUCCGAGGCGAACCCUUGGACGACCAACUAAUUGGACAAGUCACAGCAACCGACUCGUCAGCAGACGGGCAGCUGAUCACGUUCCACUUGACAUGGGAUCCGCUGCCGGUGGGCAUUGGAUGGGGGGUGGGGUGGGGUGGACGCUCAAGACGCCAAGAUCCGGGCUCCUUGACAAGCAGGCCGACCGGUUCAUCCUUCCACAGGACCAGCUUUCGCCAGGUCGUCUCGCUUUCCGCAUGCAACGCCAGGACAGAACGAUUCGCGGUUAA